AUAAAAACCCUAAAAAUCCCAAAAACCCUAGCGAGGAACUGAAACCCUAGAGCCACCAUCAAACGAUUUCAAUCCCCCAUUUCUCCAAACCCUAAUUCCACUCCAUCAAAUCCCAAAUCCAUUAAAAAAAACCCAGAUUUUGAACUUCGAUUUGAUACAAACCUCAUCGAUGGCGAAUCCGAGGGUGUUCUUCGACAUAGCGAUCGGGAAAGCAAGAGCAGGGAGGAUAAUCAUGGAGCUAUUCGCCGACGUGGUUCCAAAAACGGCGGAGAACUUCCGGUGUCUCUGCACGGGCGAGAAGGGGAUCGGGAUCUCAGGUAAGCCCUUGCACUACAAAGGAUCGAGCUUUCAUCGGAUCAUCCCGGGAUUCAUGUGCCAAGGUGGGGAUUUCACGAGAGGGAACGGGACCGGCGGGGAAUCGAUCUAUGGGGCGAGAUUUGAGGACGAGAACUUCAAGAAGAAGCACACAGGGCCGGGAAUGGUGUCGAUGGCGAAUGCGGGGGCGAAUACGAAUGGAUCACAGUUCUUCAUCUGCACGGCGAGGACGGGGUGGUUGGAUGGGAAGCAUGUGGUGUUUGGGAAGGUGGUGGAUGGGUAUGGAGUUGUGGAGGCGAUGGAGAAGGAGGGAUCGGGGAGUGGAGAGACGAAGACGAAGGUUGUGAUCGAGGAUUGUGGAGAGAUCACUACUGAGAGCUCUUAA